CGGAACCUAGCGGAAAUAUCAUGCGCUCCCGUUAUCCAUCAAAAUGUCAAUAAACGAGUUAGAUAAUUUGGGAACGGAGCAAUUACACAAAAAUGUAUCGAAUUCAUCCUCAACGAAUAAAUUAGCAGGGAAAAUACUUGUGGCUCUCACUGGUAGUGUAGCGGUUGGACUAUCCAUUGUUUGCUAUCCAUUCGUAUCACCAGCAUUGCGUAAACACUGCCUCCCAUAUGUGCCGGCAACCACGAAGCAAAUCGAGAAUGUGCUCAGGUCAGUCAAAAGUUCCGCUAAUACCACCAACAGGCUGUUGGAUAUUGGAUCAGGUGAUGGACGAAUCGUGAUCGCGGUUGCUAAAGCACAAAGAAUCGAGGCGCAUGGAGUUGAGUUGAACCCGUGGCUUGUGUACUACUCGAAACUAGCUGCCCUUCGAGGUGGUGUCUAUGGACGAACCAAGUUCUACAGAAAAGAUCUGUGGCGUUUCGAUAUCUCACAGUACAACAAUAUUGUGAUUUUCGGUGUGGAACAAAUGAUGGCAGACUUGGAACGAAAGUUGAAAGCAGAAGCUCAAAACGAUACGACGAUCAUUGCCUGUCGCUUCCCUUUUCCUACAAUGCAUCCAGAUAAAAUGAUCGAAGAUGGAAUAAAUACAGUGUGGACUUAUCGGAUAUCAAAAUAAAACAACAGUCACUCUGAUAUAUUAUAUGCUCAAACAAAUCGGAAUACAUUGGUCCCAUAACUUUUCAAUUGCUAGGACUGGUAUCGAAAAACAAAUGAACCUAGGCUAGCAACAAUUAUAUAUUAAAACUUGCUGUUUUCAAUUUUGAAGACGGAAAUACAAAUACCCUUAUACUUAUACA